AUGAAUCCCGAGAGAAAGAGCAUCCAUAAUUAUAAGUUUAUGGAACCUCCAUUGGCUGUGUUGAGAGGACUUGGGGCACGUUUAGACCUGAAUCACAAAGACGCCUUCAAGGAGGCAUAUGGUAACCUGCUGGGUAUUCUGAACACCGAGGUCAGCAUCACCGUUGUGCAUACAUUGGUGCAGUUCUACGAUCCACCACUAAGUUGCUUUACUUUCCAAGAUUAUCAGCUAGCUCCGACAUUGGAAGAGUAUUCUCAUAUUUUGGGUAUUAGGAUCAAGAACCAAGUGCCCCACAUCCUCACUAAGGAACUUCCUGAAUAUCGAGAAAUUGCUGAAGCCCUGCAUAUGGGAAAGAAGGAAAUAGAAUUGAACCUGAAACCAAAGGGUGGAAUCCAUGGCUUCGCCUCUAAGUUUCUCACGGAUAAAGCUAUCACGUUCGUCGAAGCUGGAAGCUGGACGGCCUUCAACGCCCAUCUAGCUUUACUCAUCUAUGGGAUUGUCUUGUUUCCGAACAUGGAGGAGUUCAUAGACUUGGCCUCCAUUCGCAUCUUCUUGACUCAGAACCCGAUUCCCACUCUUCUAGUUGAUACUUAUUAUUCCAUCCAUGUAAGAAGCCAGAAGAAGAAAGGGACUAUCGUCUGUUGCACCCCUUUAAUUUAUAAAUGGUUUAUUUCGCAUCUACCCAGUGAAGGUCUUUUUGUCGAGAACAAAGAUAACUUGAAAUGGUCCCAGAGGAUCAUGUCCUUAAAAGCCGAAACAUUCCUUGGAGUCAAAGAGCCAGAGUUGAUCAAGAAGAUUGUCAAGGCUUGGGGGUCGAUUUAUCCACAAGGAAGAGCAGAGAUGGGUAAGAAGAACUGUAUCGCCAAGGAAGCUUACACCAUUUGGGUCAAAAGCAUUGUCAGUGAGGUCUUAUUGCCGUUCCCGUCCGAACCAUCCAUGAACCUCCAAUCUCCUGAGCUAGAGAACCAGCCAAAUUCUGAGAUGGAUGAGUUGAAGAAGGUUAUCAAGACUCUAGAGAAAGAAAAUGCCGAUCUCAGAUCUAAGCUUGCUAAGAUCUCAUUAGAGAAAGAGACCUUGAAAUUCAAUCUGAAUCAGAAGAGAGACCGAGUUCGUCAAGCCGAUGAUGAGGUACAGACAGAGGUUUUCAAAAGACUCAAAGUGGGUGAAACUCUCAAAGGGACUUAUGCCAGCCUGAAAACCAAAAAGAAGCAGUUAGCCGAAGCCCAAUACCGAGAUGGUAAAGCAGAACUAGAACACAUGGAGCAAAUGAAGAAACUUCAAAGCCUGCUAGAAGCUUGUAAGAAAGAGUUGAAGGAUGAGAGAAGCCAUAACAAAUAG